GAAGCAGGAGCUGCAGGUGAAGGGCUGCUCAUCAUUGGAGGACACAAAUUAGAAAGCAUGAGUUCAUGCAGCACGAGCGUUAAGGAAAAUCAGAACCUGGACAACCACGUCUCCAAAGAGGGGACUGCAGCUGAGGCUGUUCAACUCCCCAGUGGGAAUGCUAGGCGUGGGAGGAAACGUCCCUUAGAAGAAGGCAAUAAUGGGCAUACCAAUUCCAGGUACAAGCCCAGGAAGCGUAAGAAAGUCCCUCGGCCCAUACUGCCCAAAAAUGCUCUUAUGCAGCUGAACGAGAUCAAGCCAGGCUUGCAGUAUAAGCUCCUCUCUCAGACUGGGCCGGUCCAUGCACCAGUCUUUGUGAUGACUGUGGAGGUCAAUGGGCAGGUUUUUGAAGGUCUGGGUCCUACCAAGAAGAAGGCUAAGCUGAGUGCAGCAGAAAAGGCACUGUGCUCCUUCGUCCAGUUUCCUAAUGCAUUGGAAGCACAUGUUGCCAUGGGCCGGACCCUGUCUGCUCACACGGACUUCACCUCAGACCAUGCCAUUCCAGAUAUGCUCUUUAAUGCAUCGGAGACAUUCAACCCUACAGAUGACACUUUUUACCUUGGUUCCAAUACCAGUUUCUUCAGUUCACUGGAAAUAGAGUACCCAUUGCCAUCAUCUCCUGUCCCAAACCUGGCACAGUCUCCCUUACCUCCAGCACCCUCCACCUUCAUCUCCCUAACAGCUGGCAAGAAUCCUGUCAUGUUCCUCAAUGAGGUGCGGCCAGGCCUCAAGUAUGACUUUGUGUCAGAGAGCGGGGAGAGCCAUGCCAAGAACUUUGUCAUGUCGGUGACGGUAGACUCUCAGAAUUUCCAGGGUUCUGGGCGCAAUAAGAAGCUGGCCAAGACUCGGGCUGCCCAAGCUGCUCUGUCUGCUCUCUUUAAGAUACAGCUAGACCAGACACCAUCACGACAGCCAAUACCCAGAGAGGGACUGCAGCUUCACCAGCCACAGGUCCUUGCAGAUGCAGUCUCUCAUCUAAUUAUUGAUAAGUUCAGCAAACUGACGGAUAACUUCAGGGCUCCACAUGCUCAACGGAAAGUCUUGGCAGGUGUUGUCAUGACAGCAGGUGCAGAUGUGAAGGAGGCUCAGGUCAUCUGUGUAUCCACAGGGACAAAGUGCAUCGGUCGUGAAUACAUGAGUAACCGAGGUUUGGCCCUCAAUGACUGCCAUGCAGAGAUUGUAGCUCGUCGGUCUCUCAUUAGGUUCCUGUACUCCCAGCUGGAGUACUUCCUCAGUAACUGUGAAGAAGAACAUCAGAAAUCCAUUUUUAUGCGGUGUGAUAACAGUCAGGGCUUCAGAGUAAAGGAAAAUGUCCAAUUCCACCUGUAUAUCAGCACCUCCCCCUGUGGAGAUGCUCGCAUCUUUUCACCUCAUGAAGGCAGAGUGGACGAUCAGGGAGAUGGACAUCCCAACAGAAAGGCCCGUGGACAGCUGCGCACUAAAAUUGAGUCUGGUGAGGGAACCAUACCUGUGCACUCCAGUAACACCAUCAAGACGUGGGACGGUGUUCUUCACAGAGAAAAGCUGCUUAACAUGUCUUGCAGUGACAAGAUUGCAAGGUGGAACGUUGUCGGAUUUCAAGGCUCUUUGUUGAGCUACUUUACUGAGCCCAUCUAUUUCUCCAGCAUCAUCCUGGGCAGCCUCUACCAUGCCGACCACCUGUCCAGAGCCAUGUACCAGCGGAUUACUGAGAUUGAAGAGCUACCGCAGUCCUUUAGCCUGAACAGGCCACUGCUCAGUGGAAUAAGUAACACAGAGGCCCGCCAGCCAGGAAAAGCUCCAAACUUCAGUGUAAACUGGACGGUGGGGGACAAGGGCUUAGAGCUGAUCAAUGCCACCACUGGGAAAGAUGAUCUGGGUCGACCCUCCAGGCUUUGCAAACAUGCCCUCUACAGCCGAUGGAUGAAUCUACACUGCAAGCUCUCCUCCAUGCUGUGGAUCAGAACAGUGAGGCUCAGAAGCUACCAUGACGCCAAACAGGCAGCGAAGGAAUAUCAUUCUGCAAAGGAGACACUCUUCAGGGCCUUCCACAAAGCUGGACUGGGCACGUGGAUAAAGAAGCCUAUAGAGCAGGACCAGUUUGUCCUUUCUAGCUGAAUUAGCGCAUUCUACCUUGAUUUUUGUAACAUUGUGCUACUCCCUCUUAGCCUGGACUACAUGUUAAAAAGGUCAAUAUUCAGUCAGCUAUACGACUUCAUACAAAGGGUAAAUGUAAAAACAGACUGAGAAUAGCAGUAACUUAGUAAACUGUUACUUGAUAUGUUGAUAUGUUCUU